AUGGCAGAAACAGAGUCUUAUAAUAUGUCACCAGGAUCACGUCGGAUAAAACGUAAAUCAACUAAAUUGAAUUCUAAACCAGUAUCUCCACGUCCUGAACCAACAAUGAUCAAAAGAAGAAACUCGUCAUUUGCAAAUAGUUCAUCACCAUGGUUUAGACGAAAUUCAUUCUUAUCCCCAUCCAUGAUUCAGAAUGAGAAUUUUAGUGUUUAUGAAGCUCCAAGUUAUUAUUCAGAUACUUCAAGUUAUAAUAUCAUUUCUCUAAAAGAAUGCCAAGGUUUCAUAUUCAAUCAAGAUUUAUUUGCUACGCCUUAUCAACAACUGAGAUCAUUAGCAAUUGAACGAAAGUAUCGUGCCAGUUUUUCGGCUAAUAAAAAUAGAUCAGGUUCACAUUCCUCAAAAUCGAUUACACCAGAAAGACAACAACGUGGUGGUUGUGAUGAUGAUGAGGUACCCCAGAGUCAACUGAUGCAGAGAAGACAUACCAGUUAUCACCCCCGUAGGCCGUCGUUUGUUUCAUCAACAGGUAUACUAGAUAGUAGCGCAAUAGACGAUUCUAUGGAAGAUGACGAAGACUAUAUGAAUGACGUGAAUAUGGAUACAAGAGAAGAGCCGUCGCGUAUAGAUGAAGAUAAUGAAGAUCUGAUAAUUGCUAAUGAAUAUGAUGAAUAUGACGACGAUGAGGAUGAAGAGGAUGACUAUCAAGAAAUGCGUGGCUAUCAUGGAGAUGUUACAAAUAGAAGGUAUAGGGUAAAAGUCACUGAGAUUGUCAUUAAUGAAAAGGAUAGUGACAUUUUUCCACAUUAA